AUGGAUUUUGAUAUUUCACAGUCAGAACUUCAAUGCUCUCAACAAUUCAACACUGAAUCAGUGCUUGCAGUCAAGGAUGAUGACAGCCAGCCAAGUCAGCGCCAUGUUGCCUCGGCAGGUGUUACCUUUUCGGUUCAGUCACAUGACAUAUGGCAACUUGGCGCUCAGCCGGGAACAACCUAA